AUGGGGGAGCAGGCGCAAGAAAAUGCCAUUGCAAACGUAUGGAACCAGGGCAACCCAUUUAUAGGGCGAAAUGGAGCGUGCUCGAUGCCUGCGCCAAAUGCACGAUCGAUCUCAUUCUAUCUUUCAAGCCGUUUGUUCUACACACAUGGCAGUAGUUGCGUAGCUUGGUGCCGGGACUUUCGGAUCCUAUUGAGUCGAAUUCGGCCACUGGAGUGGAUUGGAUAUCUAGCAGAUCUCUUGAGAGUUACAGAUCAGCAAUACAACGCUUCACGUGAAUCUCACAUGCUGUUUUGGUUUCUUUGUUUCUUGAUAUAUUUCAAAAAUCCCUUUAAACGGUUUUUUAUCAGUAUGGUAUCUUCAAAGGAAGGUAACAAGUCUGGGUUUGCUGGUUCACCCUUUCUAAGAGAUAAAGAUCAUCGUAGAGUAAGAGGGAUAACAACGGGCAGUUUGUGGAACGUUAGGGUACCGAGUGUGUCAGGUUCUUUUGAUUGCGUGGUAAUCUAG